AUGUCUAAGCUGCUUAGCAAGCCUGAGGAAAAGAAGAUUCGUGAACGUGUUCCUUUUGGGCAGCCAGACUCUAGCCCCUUUCCAGCAUUGGUUUUAGACGGCCCUGACGAUGUGAAAGAUGUUUGGCCGAUGAAAGAGGAUGUCCGUGCUAUGGAAUUCUCCGGCGCUUGGAGGUCCGCAGUCGGUGCCUUGGCAAUCGACAUCUUAGGUGGGAAGGCAAGGGGCAAAUACGUACGAUGGCGCAUUCAAAAGCACUUCUUCACCACCGUGAGUGCUUGGAGGGAGACCGUUCGCUGGGCUAAAGAGGCAGAAACGAAGAACUUCCAAGCUCGCCCACUCCUUGUAGAGCUUUCCGAAGGCGCUCCCUGGGGAAAUUACGUGUUCCAGAUCUUACGAGAUAAACGCCGUGCCUCUGCCCUUUUCAUCCAACUUUUUGGCACUCAGAACGCAGUCCCAUGCCGAAGGUGUGAACGAAUGAUGCGGGAGGCUCAUCUCAAAGGUUAUACCGGAAUGUACCCUUUCUUCCCAUGCAGAUCCUUCAUUCCUGGAAGCGCCCUUGGUGGCAACAAGUCUUCCGCCUGCGCUUGUUGCAGUUUCAAUUUGACGGGUCACAAAUGCUCGUUUCACAACGCCGACAGCGCGGCCGGGUAUCUCGUAGCCUCAGACUUUACAGGGAGCCUGCCCGAAGAUAUUAAUGACGACAACUCCCCCAUGGUGGCAAGACUAUCCCCUGAAUUCCUUAUUAGUUACAUUGAGGAGAGAACUUCUGGCGCCCCAGCAUCAGGCGGACAGGAGUACUGGUGA